UCAUCUAAACACUACCACGGACAAGGCAGAACGUCGCCGGAGUUUUCUGCCGGAGAUAUUCCCGACGACCUUACGCCCAAAGGAGUUACCAUCUGAUGAGCAUAUCUAAUGUAACUAAGCCUAGGUUUCUCCUUUCUCCUCCUCAGAUUCCGGAACUCCAUCGUUCACUGUCUUCUCUUCGCCAUACUCGCUCCCUCCCUCGUCACAGAGACAAACCCGUCACCUGGAACUCGACCCACAGCUUCGUACUCCAGAACCCACUUCUCUCAUUGCUCGAAAGAUGCAAAUCCUUGUUCCAUUUGAAGCAAAUUCAAGCUCAGAUGAUAGUUACUGGGUUAAUUCUCGAUGCGUUUGCUUCCAGUCGUCUCAUCGCCUUCUCCGCCUUGUCGGAAUCCCGGAAUCUCGACUACUGUCGGGAGAUUCUCGAAGGGCUUGAGAACCCUAAUCCGUUCUCUUGGAAUGUGGCGAUUAGGGGCUUCUCCGAUAGCGAGAGUCCUGGAGAAGCGGUGCUGCUGUACAAGGAGAUGCUGAGAAAUGGUGGGUGCAGACCAGACAACUUCACAUACCCGGUUUUGUUCAGGGUUUGCGCCGAACUUGGGUUGAAUCGUUUAGGUUAUAUGAUUCUCGGGCAUGUCUUUAAGUUGGGAUUGGAUUUCGUCGUUCAUGUGCACAAUGCUUCGAUUCAUAUGCUUGCCUCUUGCGGAGAAAUGGAGAAUGCGAGGAAGGUGUUCGAUGAAAGUCCUGUGAGGGACUUGAUUUCUUGGAAUUCUUUGAUUAAUGGUUACGUAAAGAUUGGCGAAGCAGAGAAGGCAAUAAGGGUCUACAGGGAGAUGGAAGCUGAAGGAGUUAAGCCCGAUGAGGUGACUAUGAUCGGGUUGGUUUCUUCGUGUGCACAGUUGGAGAAUUUGAAUCUCGGAAGAGAGUUUUAUGGGUAUAUCAAAGAGAACGGACUGAACAUGACUGUUCCUCUUGCAAAUGCCUUGAUGGAUAUGUUCUGUAAGUGCAGGGAUAUCGAUGAGGCACGGAGAAUAUUCGAUAAGAUGGAGAAGAAAACGAUUGUGUCGUGUACUACGAUGAUCGUAGGCUAUGCUAGAUCUGGCAUGGUUGAUGUUGCUAGAAACCUUUUCGAUGGUAUGGAAGAGAAGGAUGUCGUGCUUUGGAACGCGAUAAUCGGGGGUUUUGUCGAAUCCAAACGUGCCCGUGAUGCUUUGGCAUUGUUCCACGAAAUGCAAACAAGCACCACGAAGCCCGAUGAAAUAACCAUGAUCCACUGCUUAUCUGCUUGUUCUCAGCUCGGUGCCCUUGAUCUCGGCAUUUGGAUUCACCAUUACAUCAAAAGACAGAGUCUCGAUCUUAACGUUGCCCUAGGAACAGAGCUUGUUAACAUGUAUGCCAAGUGUGGUAACAUCGCAAAAGCUCUCGAGGUUUUCCAUGAAAUGCCGGUAAGAAACUCGUUGACAUACACAUCCAUCAUCGGAGGCUUAGCGGUUCACGGGCACGCACAAGCUGCAAUAACAUACUUCAAAGAAAUGGUGGAUUCCGGGAUAAACCCGGAUGAGAUAACCUUUCUCGAGGUUCUAUCAGCGUGUUGCCACGCAGGCAUGGUCGAAGCUGGCCGGGACUAUUUUUCGCAGAUGAAAUCAAGAUUCAACCUCGAACCCGAAGUGAAACACUACUCCUGCAUGGUGGAUCUUCUAGGAAGAGCCGGACAUUUGGAAGAGGCAGAGAAGCUCAUAGAGAGUAUGCCGAUGGAGGCGGAUGCCGUGGUCUGGGGAGCGUUGUUUUUCGCCUGCAGGGUUCACGGAAACGUCGUGUCGGGACGGAAGGCGGCCGAGAAGCUUCUGGAACUCGACCCGGGAGACAGCGGAACGUAUGUAAUGCUGGGAAGUAUGUAUGGUGAGGCAAACAUGUGGGAAGAGGCGAGGAGAGUGAGGAGGAUGAUGCAGGAGAGAGGCGUGGAGAAGAUUCCUGGCUGCAGCGCCAUUGAAGUGAACGGUGUCGUGUCCGAAUUCAUCGUUAGAGAUAAGUCUCAUCCUCAAUCUGUAACCAUUUACGGCUGUCUGGAUCGACUCGGGAGGCAUAUCGAGACCGUGGCAUACGAUUCCGGGUGUGCCGUUUUGGGAGAUGGAAGUAAUAAUACAUUUAUUUAGGAUUUAAAUCUCCUCACAAUUAUUCUGAGAUAUUUAGGAUUCA